AUGGUACCCACUCCACGUUUUCAUCCGCAUCACUCCGUCCGCAGAGGAGACUAUCUAGCCACCCAACUCGAGACCACGACCAAGCGCGAAUGCUCGAGGUCGAAGGGAAGGAUCUGUCGGGACGAUGAUAGCAAGGACUGUGACAUGCAACCCUGGGCUCGUUCAUCAAAUGGCGUAGUUAUGUCGGCGAAGGACGUUCUCACACGCCACCGCAAGACUUGCGCGAAGUGGAAGGCCAACAACCCGGGCGUAGUGCCGGGAAAGGGAACAGGAAAGGGGAAGGGGAAGGGGAAGGCGCAGGCGAAGGGAAAGGCGCAGGCGAAGGGAAAGGCACAGGCGAAGGGAAAGGCGAAGGCGACGGGAAAGGCGCAGGCGAAGGGAAAGGCGAAGAAGGGCGGAUCUGGAAGCGCCAAGGCAGGACCGUCGCGCUUGGCCGCCUAG